UUAUUUGAGCCUCCUCACAUCUCAGUAAGAAACGCCUGCCGCCUCUCCCAACAUGUAGGUGGCUGCGAGUGCCUGAGGUCUAGUCUAGGACGAGUCUUGUUAUGCCGGGUCAGGUCGUGUCAGAGCCUCUGGUGCAAAGGUUGUCAGGUUCAUGAACAGGCAUGUGCUAAUUUGCACAGAACAAGGAGGUGGAGUCAUCCAUCUUUGUGUCACAAGGUCGAGGCGAGUGCUUUCACCUAACUGGUCAUCAGGAUGUAUGUCCUCGUGUUCAUUUUGUUUUGCUCGCCUGGAAGUUGUCAAGAGGAAACGCAGACGGGUUUACUGAAUCUGGCAUGUAACACAGGAUGCUGUCAUUUAGGAAUCCGUCUGCACUGUUGUUUCUUUCUCUUUUAGAUCUUGUCUUAUUUGUAGUUCACGCCUGAUGCACUGCAGACUGGCUACUUUAUUUAGUGUGUUGACAUCCUUGCACAGCAGCCUCUUUCAGCUCUGACAUGAUAAAUAAUCUGGAUAAUAAAUAAUCCUAGUUUGUGUUUUACAUGGGUUUUAUCGGUCUGCAUGCUCUGCUUCUGCAAUAACAUUCCAGUUAUUUUAACUUCUGACUUAAGAUAAGACCUUUCAUGCAGUAACAGUUGCUGUGAAAGAGCAGAUCUGUGGUUGGGCCUGACCUCACGGCCAGGGAAUGUAUUCUUUGUGAUAAAAAUAUAAAAUGGACAAGUGGGAAAAACAAAUCUUGUUUGUAAUGGCAAGUGAUGAAAACAGGGAAAUCCCUGUAGUUCACAAUGCCAUGGUGGAGUUUGGAUUUCCAUAUUUGGUUUCUCAUGAUCCCAGAGACUGGCAGAUUCUUUGACAGUCACACUCAGGUAAUAUGUGCCAAACAUGUCCACUACUUCCUUCAUCAAAGUGUUGAUCAGGCUGAGACUGGAUGGAUGAUUGUUGAGGUUCAGGUGUUGUUUGCUUACUUGACUUCAUUGUUCGGCUGCGUUGAUUGGUCCUGAGGAGCAGUGAUGUCACCGCCUGCUUUGAUGCCCUGGUCGGAGCUGCAGCUCGCUCGAGCUGAGGGAGAGACAGGAGCUCCAGAUGGAGUUGGCGCGCAACGGGAGUAGAGCCGUGGCUCGUGCGGCACACUGGAAAGGCUGCCUCGCGGUGCCUUGAUGAACUCGACCUGGUUCCGCACAAAGCGCAGCAGCCCGUCAUGGGGGACGGUGGCGCGUCCUCGCCGGUGAACCUCCAGAAUGGCUCCGGGAGCGACGCGUCGGACGCACCGGACUCCGCCACAGCCGCGUCCGAGCAGUGGAUGGCGGGGAUGAGCCUGGUGAUGGGUUUGAUCGUCCUGUGCAUUGUAUUCGGGAAUAUCCUGGUCAUCGUGGCCAUAGCCAAGACGCAGAGGCUGCAGACGCUCACCAAUGUGUUCAUCGUGUCGCUGGCGAGCGCGGAUCUCAUCAUGGGUAUGCUGGUGGUGCCGUUUGGCGCCGCGCUCGAGGUGCGUGGAUCGUGGCAGUACGGCUCGUUUUUCUGCGAGUUCUGGAUCUCCGUGGAUGUCCUGUGCGUCACCGCCAGCAUCGAGACUCUGUGCGUAAUUGCCAUAGACAGGUAUGUGGCCAUCACCUCGCCUUUCCGCUAUCAAAGCUUGUUAACCAAAGCUCGGGCCAAAGCGGUGGUGUGCGUAGUCUGGGCUAUCUCCGCGCUGGUCUCCUUCCUGCCCAUCCUGAUGCACUGGUCCCGGGACAGCGUGGACACAGCCUGUUACGACGACCCUGAAUGUUGCGACUUUGUCACCAACAGGGCAUAUGCCAUCUCCUCAUCCAUCAUAUCUUUUUACAUUCCUCUAUUGGUCAUGAUAUUUGUUUACGCCCGCGUGUACAGAGAGGCGAAAAAGCAGCUGAGGAAAAUCGACAAGUGUGAGGGCAGGUUUCACAACACCUUAACCGGACUGACCUCCAAGUGCAGGAAGAGGCCGUCUAAGAUCCUGGCGCUCAGGGAGCACAAAGCUCUCAAAACACUGGGCAUCAUCAUGGGGACGUUCACACUGUGCUGGCUGCCUUUCUUUAUAGUGAACGUGGUGCGGGUGUUUUGCGCAGAGGUGGUGGACAAAGACCUGUUCGUGUUCCUAAACUGGUUGGGGUACGUGAACUCCGCGUUUAACCCCAUCAUUUACUGCCGGAGCCCGGACUUUAGGAAGGCUUUCAAGAGGCUGCUGUGCUGCCCGAGGCAAGCCGACCGCAGGUUGCACAUCAGCUCUUGUGACCUAUCCCGGUGCUCCGGCGGGUUCGUCUCCGCUCUGGAGCCCGGCACACUGGGGUUGUGGACGGAUUGCGCCGGCUUGGACAACAGUGACAGCAGCCUGGUGGGGACAGCGAAGCUGUCUCACUCUGAAUCACAGCUGUGAAGGAAAAAAUACAUAUAUAUAACUUUUGUUGAGAUGGAUUACAAUACUGACAUUUACUCCUUGAACUGGGGGUUCUGUUUGGGGGGGAAAGGUGCACUUAUAAUCUAGGUGGGUCCAUUUUAUAUAUCAGCAUCAGAGUAAGUCUAAUAUUAGGCGAAAUCUCUAGAAAUGUAUUUUAAAGCCAUAUUUUUAAAAGAGGCACAUGUUCCAAUGCGUAAAACCUCUCCAUCACCAAAAAAUAAUAAUAGGUUACUGUAGGUGGAUCCGGGUGCCAUGCACUUAAAAUAUGACUCGGUGACUGUGGUUUAUAUAAUUGAUGUAUCGAUAAUCAAAGUGGGUAUCUUCUAAAUUAUCCCCGGGGUUCAUGUUCUGUUCUUAAAAACUGAUAUUUCAAAGCGCUGGACAUGAGCGAGGCAUUUGUCAGACUGUACUGUAGUCAUGUAGUGCUCACAAUGUGUUUUUCUUUUUUUUACCUCACAGCAUCAAUAAGUGCAAUUUGUACGACAGGUAUUUGUUUAUAUUAAACAUUUUAUGUAAAAAUCAAAUAGAUGUAUUUAUUCCGCGCUGUCUUUUACGCGUACGAAAGUCAAACGUGAGGCUGAUUCCCACGCCCUUUGUACAUACUGUGGUGUUUAGUACCUGAGUGAGGAAUCUGAGCCUCUCUCUCUCUCUCUCUUUGUCUCUCUCCUUUAAAGCUUUACAUGCUGUUGUGAGGUGGUGUGUGUGUUGACUCCUGUGAAAUAAAAGGAUGCUUCAUUGUUGAUUACUGUUUGAGAUUUUUAUUCUAUUUAUGAUUUGAAAGUCUGUGGAAAGAGAUUUGAUCCCCAGCCUGAAGAGAAAUCAUUUGAGUUU